GCGCACACAGAGACAGAUAGGUGCGCGCGCACCCCGCUUCCCUGCGUGUGCAGGAGUCCAGCGCCACCGGCACCGCCAGCUCCGCUUCCAGUCCAGACCCAGAGCAGCAUGUUCUGCUUCUGCUGGCAGAGCUCCUUCCUCAAGCUGCAGGCGCUCGACGUGGACGCGCGCCCCUCGCUCGGACCCUCCCCGGAGGAGGACGACGCUCCGCCGGCGCCGCCGCUGGGCUCCAACAAGGAGCAGAGCCGGACUCCGUCUCACCACGGCAGCCGCAGCGAGGAGACGAGCCCCGCCGCCGACCCCCGGCCCGCAGCCAGGACCCCGCACCCGGACGGCGAGAACGGCGAGGGCCAAGCGUCUCCGGGGCCCAGCCGGCUGCUGCAGUACAUCACGGACGGGGGGAGCCCCCUGCCGUCACCGCGCUGCCCCAGCUUCAGCCAGAGCCAGCGCUUCAACACAGAUCCGGAGGUGGCGCCCUCUCCACCCUGCUCUCAGCAGUUCAUCAUGGCCCGGGGCAUUGACAGGAACGGCGCGCCAGGGGACACCAAAGACACCCCGUCCAUCCCCCUGCUCACAAAACACGUACAGACCCUUAAGAGAAAAAUCCGGAAGUUCGAAGAAAAAUUUGAGCAGGAGAAGAAGUAUAUGCCCUCACACAACGACAAAACUGCGAACCCGGAGAUGUCGAAGCUCAUGAGCGAACUCGCCAAGUCCCGCAAGCAGCUCAAAGACCUCAAACUGAAACAGUCGGUGGAGGAGCUGAAGGAGCAGAAGAAAGAGGCGCCGACUGAAAUCUGCAGGUACAGCAGUGACCUGCAGGGGGCGACAGAGCUGCAGCAUAAACCCUCCUUAGAGGAGACUGUGGAGGCCCUGCUGAAGAGGUUGAAGGAGAAGCGUCAGGCCCUUGGGCUCCCAGACAACAUGAAGGAAAUGACACAAAAGCAGAUGGCCCUUGAGAAGAUUACCCUGCAGAAGUGUCUGCUGUACUUCGAGAGCCUCCACGGCCGUCCUGGUACGAGGCAGGAGAGGAACCUGGUGAAGCCCUUGUAUGACCGAUACCAGAUGAUCAAGCAGCUGCUGUGUGCCAUGCCCACCAUCACCACCAUCGAGGAAGAGGAAGGGUCUGACGAAGACUGCGCGGAACAGUACCCCGCCCCCCCGUGCAGGGCGUCCGCGGACGAGUCGCCGGCUGCGCACGAGGAGGACAGCGACACGGCCUUCGUAUCCCCGCUGGAUGAAGUGAAGGCCGUCAAACAGCCGACGCUGACCAUGUCGAACCUGCACGAGGCCUCCAGGUCAGAGCUCCUCGAGUGUCUCCGGGAAACGCGCGCGGAGAAGAGGCGGCGGCGCAAGGCCCUUCGAGAAUUCGAAGUCCAGUUCUUCAGACAAAUGGGGAGGGCUGCACAGAAAGAAGACCGCAUUCCGAUGGCUGAAGAAUACCACGAGUACAAGAAUCUAAAAGCUAAACUCCGGCUACUGGAAGUCCUCCUAAGCAAACAUGACGUUUCCAAGACGAUCUGAGGGCGGGAGCGAGACGCUCCGUUCCGUUACUUCCGAACGCACUGCUCACACUUGAACAUUUGCUAUGGGACCAGCCUGUGCCAUACUACCACUGCGAUGCACUUUACUUACAAUCAUCUUGUUUGACAAGAGUACACCAUGGGUAAGGUACCCGCUCGUUCAGAGACGGCGUGAGAAUUAUUGACGUACAGCGCACUACGAGAAGCGCCGCGAGCGUAAAGACGUCGUCGGGAUGGAACUCGGAGAGGACAGGAGGUCUAUUCAACUCUAUGCUAAAAUAUGGCACUUUAUACUGAAGACUUUUUUUUUUUUUUUUUUUUUUUUUUUAAAACCAAA